CGCUUUGAUCAUGCCCGUGCUGCUCCCGCGGAGGUCCGCGUGCCUCCCGCUCGUGCUGUCUCUGCUCGUGCUGUGCCACAACCGUUGUGAAGCAAAGUUCAAUUCAACACGGUCUUCAAAAGACAUCACCACUUUCACCAAGAUCCUGGACAGUCUCCUGGAUGGCUAUGACAACCGCCUGAGACCCGGGCUGGGAGAUCGAGUGACUGAGGUAAAGACAGACAUCUAUGUGACCAGCUUUGGCCCAGUGUCUGACACAGACAUGGAGUACACGGUGGAUGUAUUCUUCCGCCAAAGCUGGAAAGACGAGCGACUCAAGUUCCAUGGACCAAUGAACAUCCUCCCUCUGAACAACCUGAUGGCCAGCAAGAUCUGGACCCCCGACACCUUCUUCCACAACGGCAAGAAGUCUGUGGCCCACAACAUGACCAUGCCCAACAAGCUCCUGCGCAUCAUGGAGGACGGGACCCUGCUCUACACCAUGAGGCUGACUGUUCAAGCCGAGUGUCCCAUGCAUCUGGAGGACUUUCCAAUGGACUCCCACUCAUGCCCUCUGAAAUUUGGAAGCUAUGCCUACACUAAAACAGAAGUGACGUACAUCUGGUCCCGAAAUGCCACCGAGUCUGUGGACGUGGCUGCAGACGGAUCCAGGCUAAACCAGUACGACCUGGUGGGGCAGACGGUGGGCAAAGAGACCAUCAAAUCAAGCACUGGUGAAUACACAGUGAUGACAGCACACUUUCAUCUAAAGAGGAAGAUCGGUUACUUUGUAAUUCAGACGUAUUUGCCUUGUAUCAUGACAGUCAUACUGUCGCAGGUUUCCUUUUGGCUCAACAGGGAGUCUGUCCCUGCCAGAACUGUGUUUGGUGUGACUACAGUGCUCACCAUGACCACCCUCAGUAUCAGUGCCCGUAACUCUCUACCCAAAGUGGCCUAUGCUACAGCCAUGGACUGGUUCAUCGCAGUCUGCUACGCCUUCGUCUUCUCUGCUCUCAUCGAGUUUGCCACUGUCAACUACUUCACCAAGCGCGGCUGGGCCUGGGAUGGCAAGACUGUUGUGGAGGACAAGAGAAAAGAGAUGUCCAUUAUCAAGAAGAACAAUGCAUAUGCCGUGGCUGUGGCUAACUACUACCCCAGCCUGACCAAGGACUCCCCCAUCCCCACUAUCUCCAAGUGUGCUCCCAUUGACCCCAGCAAGAGCCCGGGCAUAACCAUCACCAAGAGCGACCAGACCAAGAAGACCUUCAACAGUGUCAGCAAGAUUGAUCGCCUCUCGCGCAUCAUGUUCCCCGUGCUCUUUGGCAGUUUUAACCUGGUGUACUGGGCCACCUACCUCAACCGAGAACUGGUUAUAAAAGAUAUGGAGACAUUUAGUUGA